AUGGAGGGCGCACCUGCUGAAGGCCUUGUCUCUGAUCCCCAAAUUCCUUCGCAGCUUCGCCAAAGGAUGUUGAACCGCGCAGCAACCUUCGCUGAGGGCGCGCAGCCUUCUCCUACUCGUCCUCUUCGACGCCGUAGCUCACUGCUUUCCGACUUGUCAGACACACGACACUCCGCUCGGUCCUCAACCGACAACCUCCUCAGAAAUACGGAUGCCUAUGAUAAGGUCGCAUCUCUGGAAGAAGGCAACCAUUGGCUAUCCAGCCCUGUUAUUUUUGCUAUAGUCCCUGCAGUUGGCGGGCUUCUCUACCAAAAUGGAGCUGCUGUCUUGACAGAUAUCUUCACGCUGGGUCUGGCAUCAUGGUUCCUGCAUUGGUGUUGUACAUUUCCAUGGACUUGGUAUCAUUCGGCGCAGCAGCGACGGUACAUCGAACCUGACGAACCCCAAUACGAUGACACUAUUCACGAGGAAGAGAACGAAGAUAGUAUUAACGAUCCCGACGACAACGCAGACUCGAUACUAGAAGACUCGACACCAGAAGACUCGAAGUCGAGAGAGCGAGUGGGCGCGACCACUGCGACCUUGGCACAACUCGAAGCCAGCAAAGCUCUGAAGAGACAGGAGCGAAUGGCGUUUGCUGCAUGCUUCCUCGGCCCCCUGGUCGGAGCAUGCCUCCUUCAUACCAUUCGCGGGCAGCUCAGGGUUACAGAGGGGCUGGUGUCCGACUACAACCUCACCAUAUUCGUCAUGGUUGCAGAGCUCCGACCGAUCGCGCGGCUCAUGAAGAUGCAGGAGGAGCGUAUGUUCCACCUACAGCGUAUUGUAAAGACAGAUCCACGAGAUCUGGUGGACCCCAAUCAUGCGCAAGCUAUAGCACAGCGACUGUCAGAGCUGGAGGGAAGACUGAGCGGGCCAACGGCGAACAACGACCUCGAGACGUCGCGAGUUGCUGCUGAAGUGCGACAGGGCAUACAGAUACAACUGGAUGCUAUCACAAGAGCCAUACGACGAUACGAGAAGAGAUCGGCUGCGCAGACUAUCCAGAUAGAGGCACGCUUUCAGGAAGUCGACUUGCGGCUGAAGGACUCAUUGUCUCUUGCAGCAAUGGCAGCACGGACAGGGCAACGACCAGGCAUCAUAUCCAGUCUUAUCAGCUGGUUUGUCAAUCUCGUCAACAAUGCUUUGCAGACAGCCUGGGACAUUGUUCUGUAUCCUCCUCGAACGGCCUUGGCCGCAGCUGUUAAGACCAAAUCAUACUUCGCUAAGGAUGAAGAGCGCCAGUCACGAAGGCGAGUCAAGGGGCAAACGAACGCACACUCGUCAAUAUCGACAUCUAGGAUGCAGUCGAAAAGUAUACGCUGA